GUGAGAGUCAGCAUUUCUCCUGCCGAUGAAGCCGUGCCUUUCCCCUCUCAUUUCGGUGUAGGCUGCAACGAUGCCAAGGGAGGAGACAGGAGAUGGCUUGUUUACAGUAUAUGCCGCUGCGGCCGUCCUUGCGCUGCUGAGCGAGGAAUGUUGUGAAUGAGUGAGGCGGCAGGGCAGCUGAGUGAGACUAACAAGUGGUUGCCAUGCAGCCGCAGCGUGUGCGUUGCUAUAGGGAGGGAUAGCGAUAGAGAAAGAGAAUGAUAAUGAGCAGGAGGCAGCACGAGGAUGAGCAGCAGCAUCCCUUGAGAAGAGACGCAUCCCGGCAUCCCCUCCUCAGAGCUCCUCUCUUGCCGUCUUCCUUUUUAGAUGUUUUUGUUUGUUUGUUUUGGUGAGACACGAGCCUGCAACAUGCUAAUAGUGGACGCUUUCAUGGAUGUAUUUGCGCAGCGUCUGGGAGGGUGGACCUCUGCAGAAGAUGCGCUAUCAACAGGUCUGUGAAUGGCACCAUCAUGACGGUAAGACGCCUGCUUUUCCACCUCGAGACGUUCACCUGCAAGUGCAGUCUCUCUCUCUCUCGCUUUCUCACUCGCUCGCCAUGCAUACCUGAAUGCUACUAAUCACCCGACUUUCCUCUCCUGUGUCUCUCAGUGCAUUCCACCAUCUAUCCCAUCGUCUUGAGCCACCUGCUGCUGCUGCUGCUGCUUUACAAAAAGAUUGUGGCCAAAAUAAUGACGGAGGCAGACUUGCAUUUGCAAAUGUGUGCAUUCUCUGUUUCAUGCCGAAUGGAAUUAUCACCGUCUGGCAGACAUAUGCUCCUAUGCAACAGGUCGAAAGCCAUUCUGUUUCCUGAAACUAACGUACAGCGCACAACGGCAUGCCUUAAUCCAAUGUAUUGAACAUUUUCAUUCUUAUAGCUUCGCAUGUGUUUAAUAUUUGACGAUGAGCACUGCGACACACUUGGAUUCUAACUCAGCCCGAAGCUUUGUGGUCCUGCUUUAGGAUACGAUGUCCUCCUAUUGCUGACUUCACGUACGCCCGCCCCACCUUGGAUGUUUGCUUUAUCUUCAUCUCUGCCACAUUGUGCCAAAAUGGAGAGAUCCAAGUUUAUUUCUUAGCAUAAGAGAAAGAAGCUAUUUAUAGAUUCCUUCACCCUUCAUGAGUCACGGUAACAUGCAACCAGUGACCCAGUCCGAGGAGAGAUGAGGCACCUAGAUGUUGAUUUACAAUGUGCAGCGUCCACUACAACCACUCCCUGGCUGCCAUGAGCGGAAACGACAUGACGGCGCACUCUCUCACUCUGGAACAGAAGACGGCGUUCGCCUUCGUGGGGAUGCUACUAGUGUUCCUAGGACUGCUGAUUGUGAGGUGUUUCAGGAUCCUGCUGGACCCCUACAGCAGCAUGCCGUCCUCCAACUGGGCAGAUGGCAUCGAGGGGCUGGAGAAAGGGACGUUUGAGUAUGCUCUGACUUAACACAGGGGAACAGACAUCCGUAGAUGUCCUCUCCUCACGAACCUUGAUUACUUUGGGCUUUCAUAUGCAUUCAGUCGAUCGCCGAGGGAACACACGCGCACACACGCACACACACACACAGGUCACUGUUGCUUACCUGACUAGUUGCAAAGGCACAUUUCAAUCAAGUGUAACUGGGGAAUUUUGUGAAUAGUCAAAGUUGGACACUUUCCAUGGGAAUCUAAUAAGCAGUGAGUAGAAGUUAAUUUCUGGGUUAACAUUUUACUGCAAAAUGCACGCAUGACACAGAGUGCAAGUUAGAAAUUGAGCGUUGGUUGUUUUAACCAACAUGAUGUUCUUUUUUUUUUUUUACUUAGAGUACAUUCUCAACAAACCAACAAUUUGGCAAACUUUACAUUCUGUCUGUUCAUUCCCAUCGAACGUUUCCAGGAUUUUGGCCCCGUUGAAACAUGUCUCUGAUGGCCCAAACAGGGGACUGAAGCUCCAGUACGUACGUUGCUCAUCGUCAGCAGCAUUGACUGCUUUCUACUGCGUCUGCGUGUUGUUGUGGGAGUGAGCGCGAGGCAAACGCUGCGUCAUAUUCUCAUUCGGCUCAUCAAAUGGCACGGAAAUGGCCGAAGCUCCCUUUAACCCUCGCCUGAAGGCCGCGUCAUUCGGCAGACGGAUGGACGCGCGAGUAUUAUUGCGAUGUAGACUCAGGGACAAGUUUCCUAAAGUGAACUCUGAAUGGCAAAAGGGAUUACACAUCUGCACGGCAGAGUCCUCCUGCACAAGAAGGCGUGCGAUUGGAUACAGGGUAAUGAUGUGAAAUUGGCGCGGAGUGCGCGGGCCGUUCAAAUCCAAUCUCUCGGUGAAUCAAAGACAUGCUCCUGCUGCUGUCGCGUACAAAUCUGUUCGGGAAGUCAUCUGAGGGACGACAAAGCCAUUUGUAUUACGGUGUUACUGUUUCUUAAUGAUGCAAAACCAUCAUUCAGAGUUUGUACUGCUGCUGUUGCCGCUGAAUGAUGGCUUACUGUUUGUUGCCAAAGUCUGAGCGAAGGAAACACGUUUACUCUCCAUUUCAUCAGGCCGGAAUGACAAAUGAUGAAGAAUGUCUGUCAAGAAUCCUGUCCAAAGGAUGGCUGAUGGAGCCGAUGGAGCAAAAUAAGGAUUACGAACGAGAAAGGACUCUCUCUCUCUCUCUCGUUCUCUCUAUCCUUUAGUGCUGCCAGACUCUCACUACCUGUCUGCACAGGAGAAGGUCACAUUGGAAAUGGACAUUCAUUAGCACUGUGGAGGAAGUCGUUGCCUUUCUCUCAAUCACCCUCACUUCACCCUCGAGACAACAGAAGACUGGACAGUCACGUUGCAAACUGGGCAAGGUUUUGAGCUUUUCCUUUGCAAACCGCUCCAGUUUUCCCCCGUAGUGCUUUGAAUCUGCCUUACUGCGACCUUUGAUGGGUUUAUGUGCCUUCAUCAAGAAACAUUACAGCUCGUGUAUGUUGUGUUGUGUGGGCGUGCGUGACAUAUCACGAUUGACACAUAUGCGGACCUGUUGCCUGCGCGGCUGGCGGUACAGCUUUCUUGAUGGCGUUUGACUCGAUGAUGUUAAAUAAAGUGCGAAUUUGAA